AGGUAAUGAAUAUUGAUCUCAAACUAGUUGUAAGAAAGAAAUAUCUGAAUGACCUUGUGUUGUUUGAGAAACCAUGGAAUUAGGUGUAUAUAUAGAUGCAUUAUUAUGCUUGAUCCUGUGAAAAUAAGUUCUUCAAUGAAUGGUUUCUAAUGGGGCUAUGGUAGGGACUACAUAAGAAAGGGAUCAUAUGGUAUUGCCAUAUAUGUCCCUUUUGAAAGAUCAUGAAAUUAUAUGUGGGAACAUACCCUACCUUCUUAGACAAUGGGAAACAGAUUAUUUCAAUUGAUUAGCAUAGGUGAACACUAUUGUUUGUUGUUGAUUCAUGCAUUUAUUGCUGUGUAGUUAUUCAAUGGUAGACAAGCUUCAUGCAUAUAGAUAUUAGUUAGUACUUGGCAGCUAUCUAUUUAAUAUUAGCAUUGAAUUUGUUAGCAACAUGAAGAAGAAAAUGUGACAUGUCUAAAGCAUGUUUAGGAAAAUAUGGAAUACUAAUUAAGAUAUGAACAAAUAUAAGGUCUAGGUUUGAGAGCAUUUACUCUUAACCACUUUUCUAAGACAGAACCAUGUGAACUCUUAUGUGUAUGGACCCCAAUGCUUUAACCACUUCAACAACCUUUCAUUCAUGAAAUAGUUUUCCAACAAAGAGCCUUAAGAUCUAUAAAUACAAAAACUCAUUGGCACUUCUAAGCAUCAAAACUAAAACACAAUCUUCUCUUAAACUUGAGAACUGUUUUCCAUUGUUCUUCUUUUUACAUAUUAUACACUGAAAAUGGGUUUCCGUUUAACUGCUAUUCGAAGAACAUCCUCGUUCUCAGGUAGGCAAGCAGCUUCAAAAUCUGUAGAAGUCCCAAAGGGGUAUCUUGCAGUGUAUGUCGGAGAAAACCAGAAGCGUUUUGUGAUCCCCAUUUCAUAUUUGAACCAACCUUCAUUCCAAGACCUGUUGAGUCAAGCUGAGGAAGAGUUUGGAUAUGAUCAUCCCAUGGGAGGUCUCACAAUUCCGUGCAGUGAAGAUGUCUUUCAACAAAUCACAUCCCGCUUGAAUUGAUAAUGAAUCUCACACCAUAGAAGACUGACAUAGAUUAGCAUACACAUGUUGUAUACAGUAGAUUAGUAUAGAACAUUAGAAUGGCAAGUUCAAAGAGCAUGCCUUCUGUUUUUUAAUUAAUUUUUAUAUAAUCUCAGAUUGAGAAUGUCAGAAUGAAUUCAAUUACUCAAGUUUUUGAGUUUAUUAUUAUAGCAUUGUUCACUUCA